AUGCUAUUAUUCACGCCGUGGUUUUGGCUCAGUGCUGGUGGCUUCCUUGCGGUGGCUUAUAUCGUCAAAUGUCUAAGCUCGCCUCUGAGAAAACUGCCAGGCCCAGCCUACUCAAUCUUCACAUCAGUCGUCUUGAAAUGGCAUGAGUUCCAUACCAACAGGACAAGAUACAUCCAUCGACUGCACCAGAAGUAUGGACCCGUAGUGCGGAUCGGGCCCAACGAGGCGGCCUUUGCGUCGCAGACUGCAGUCAAGGAGAUCUAUUGCUCGGGUGGAAGCGGGUAUGACAAGACUGAGUUCUACGACCUAUUCAAGGUCUAUGGUCGAAGGACUAUGUUCACGACGUUGAAUAAAGAAGAUCAUGCAAGGAGGAGACGCAUCCUUGCAGAUCGUUAUGCAAACAGCAAUGUAAUGCGCCAGCCAUCACUCAACGGUAUCGUACACCGAUCCAAAAAUGUCCUGAAGAGGUGCACCGAGUCUGUCGGUGGGAGUCUUGAUCUCUAUAUCGCUCUCCACGCAUAUGCGUUUGACUGUGUCACCCAUCAUCUGUUCCACCCCUACGGUGUCGAUUCUCUACAGAGCGAGAAGGAUGAGGAGAUCAUGCGCGAGGUGGCGUUCGACGACAGCCUGCAGAACCGUCUCGUCGAGUUCUACAAUCCCCUGCUACACAAAGUCAUUGGCAAAGUGCUGUACCUUUUUGCCAAGCCUCGUGAGACGCCUCUGGCUGACGACUUCGUCCUAAGUGCAAGCGGUGGAGAAUCGCCAGCUGUCUUCACGCUACUGAGCCGCAUGCGCGAGAAGCAGCACGACAUGGAGCAACUAGACAUUGCGGCCGAGAGCCUGGACCACAUGGCCGCUGGGAUCGACACGACCGGCGACGCGCUGUGCUUCCUCAUGUGGGAGCUGUCGCAGCCUUCGUCUCUGCACCUGCAGCGGCGGUUGCAGCAAGAACUGACACAAGAUCCAGACACGCAAUUUGACAAAUUGCCCUUCCUCGAGGCGGUUGUGCAGGAAGGGCUGCGAUGCUUUCCGGCCAUCCCAAUGUCUCUGCCUCGCUACGUCCCUCGAGGCGGCAGGACGAUCGAUGGCUAUUUCGUGCCGGAGAAAACUGUCGUCAGCUGCCAGGCGUACUCCGUGCACCGGAUCGACGAGAGAGUAUUCCCCGAGCCCGACAAGUUCGACCCGGACCGCUGGUUGGAAGAGGAAGGGGACGCAGAGAGGAAAAGGUUGUCUUUUGCAUUUGCCAAUGGUGGCAGAGGAUGCAUCGGGAAACAGUAA